AUGAAGAUGAGAGGUUUGAAGAGCCGUGGGAAUGGGAGCGCUGCAUCAGCACCUUCGGCCGGCAGCAACGUGAGCAACGGCAACGGCAGUGGCAUCGACAGCAAGAAUAAUGACGAACUCAAGGCCACGCAAUCCAAUGGCAGUGGUGACGGACCUGAUAGAAUUGGAGAGGUCGAAGCCUUGCAUGAAGUGCGCAGUGACGAUGAGCUGUUAGGUGAUGAUGAACGAGGCUCGACAACGCAACCCGGAGGAGCUCAAGAGGGCGGAAACAAUAGCACGGGAGUUGCUGACGCGAUGGGAGGACGAGUAUAUAAGGUUUACAAGAGGCGCUGGUUCGGCCUCGUCCAGUUGGCGUUGCUGAACAUCAUUGUCAGCUGGGAUUGGCUCUCUUUCUCUGCCAACUCCACGACGACGUCCCAAUACUACAAUGUAACCCCAUCGGAUAUCAAUUGGCUGAGCACAGCCUUUCUCUUCGCCUUCUGCGUUGCGACCCCGCUUGUGAUUUACACCCUGCAUCAUGGGGGACCAAAACCGUCGAUCAUCACAGCCUCAGUUCUCAUCCUGUUGGGCAACUGGAUCAGAUAUGGUGCCACGAAGGCAGGUCCCCAUGGAAAUUUUGGGGGAGUGAUGUUUGGUCAGAUCUUGACGGGCUUGGCCCAGCCAUUCGUCCUUGCUGCUCCCACGAGGUACUCAGAUUUAUGGUUCACGAAUAGUGGAAGAGUUGCGGCUACAGCUGUUAUGAGCUUGGCCAAUCCAUUUGGUGGUGCUUUGGCACAACUUAUUGACCCUUCUUGGGCUGGAAAACCUGAAGACAUUCCAAAUAUGGUGUUAUACAUUGCGAUCAUUUCUUCUGUUGCAUCAAUACCCUCGUUCUUUAUCCCAGCCGCGCCACCAACUCCAUGUUCCCCAUCUGGACAUGAAGAGAAGCAAGCUCUUGGCCCUUCACUAAAGUUCCUCUUUACCUGCCCGGAGUUUUACAUGAUCAUGGUCCCUUUCACCGUCUAUGUGGGGCUUUUCAAUAGCAUCUCGUCCCUCAUCAACCAGCUCCUCCAGCCUUAUUCAUUCACCGAGACCCAAGCUGGAAUUGCGGGAGCCUUACUGAUCGUCGUUGGUCUCGUUACCGCUGCUAUCACGUCUCCGAUCAUUGACAAGACCAAAACCUUCCUCUUCGCCAUCAAGUUACAGGUUCCCAUCGUUGCGAUAUCCUACCUAGCCUUCACAUGGGCUCCGCAGACCAGGAAUAUUGCUGCUCCAUACGCCAUCUUAUCAGUUUUAGGAGCGGCAUCAUUCAGUCUUGUACCAGUCGUUCUGGAAUAUCUGAUCGAGUUGACGCAUCCUGUGUCUCCAGAAGUCACUAGCACAAUAUGCUGGAGCGGUGGCCAACUUCUUGGUGGAAUCUUCAUUCUGGUUUCGAAUGCUUUGCGUGACCCUGGACCCAAUGACGGCUCGCUUGAUGAUCAUACCAACCGACCCCCAGGAAAUAUGUGGAGGGCUUUGAUCUUCCAAACAGUUAUUGCCAUGGUCGUGAUUCCUCUCCCACUUGCAUUGGGGUGCUGUGGGAGGGACAGAAAGGUCCGAAUGCGGAGAGUCGAAGCCGACAAAGAGGCUAACGAUGCGAGGGAUGUAGAGCGUGGAGUCGUUGUACCUUGA